UCGCGUGAAAAUUGUUUUCCUAAACAUACAAUUUAAUUAAUUUUAGAACACACGCAUAUUGGUCGCUGCAAAUUGUCAGUACAUUUGCAUACAACACUGGUUCACGUGUUAAUCCAGCCCGACAACUAAUCAUUCAUUGGCAGCGCCGUCAAGUCUUCAAUCUUCAAUACACGCAAAGGUGGAACGAAAGUGAAAAUUCAAAUUUAUCUUUGCUGAUUCUCUCGAUUAUGCCGGACUUUUUCGCCUGGUACGCUCGAUAAAGGCAAAACUUCCGGAAAAGUGCUUGUUUUAUUUUAUCAAAUACAAGCGUUUUUGUGCGGUAUGAAAGAGUGAAUCUAUUGCCAGCGUGUAGCCAAAGAAUUUAUUGGAUGAAUUGUGAAGUGGUGCAUUUAUAAUCGUUCUAAAGUGCAAAAAAUCUGCUCGGCUAAAGUGGGGUCUUGCGCAAAACACCAUAAAAGAAAAAUAAUUAAUGAAAAUAUAUUGCGUGUAGAAAAAGUAAGGGAGCUAAGCUCAGGAAAAGUGGAAAAAUUCUGUGAUUUUGUGAGAACUUGUCAUAUUUUCUGCCCGCGUCAAUGCCAAAGUCAUCGUCGACGCCAACACUGACGCCUACUUCCGACUGACGACGACGAUAGCUUUUUUUGACGAUAAAUUCAUACUCGCGUUCGGCUUAUUGUAAUCGGUGCAAACGUUUGCGUUCCCUUUUGUAAAAGGAAUCAAGAGCAUAGCCAAAACAAAACUCGACAACAUCAAAAAGUAUUAAAAUAGGUGUUCAUAAGGCAUAAAUCUGUAGUGAAGUGUGAGCAGUAGUACAAAUCUAGUAAUUACAACCGGAGCCAUAUAACAACGACAACAAAGAACGCACGAAAAUGCUGAUCAAAGAAUACCGCGUUACCUUGCCAUUAACUGUGGAAGAGUAUCAAGUUGCACAACUUUAUUCAGUUGCUGAAGCAUCGAAGAAUGAGACUGGCGGUGGUGAAGGCAUUGAAGUGCUAAAAAACGAACCAUUCGAUAAUUAUCCACUGUUGGGUGGUAAAUAUAAUGCCGGCCAGUAUACAUAUAAAAUCUACCAUUUGGCAUCAAAAGUUCCAGCAUUUAUAAGACUGUUGGCACCAAAGGGUUCCUUAGAAAUACACGAAGAGGCAUGGAAUGCAUAUCCGUAUUGCAGAACGGUCAUAACGAAUCCUGGCUAUAUGAAAGAGAAUUUUGUUAUUUGCAUUGAAUCGCUUCAUGUCGGUGACAUUGGUGAUCAGAAUAAUGUGCAUGAACUGCCACCGGAGAAGCUUAAAACACGAGACGUUGUGCAUAUCGACAUUGCGAAUGAUCCCGUAUUGCCUGUCGAUUACAAGCCCACUGAGGAUCCAACAAAAUUCAAGUCAGAGAAAACCGGUCGUGGCCCACUGGUGGGUCCAAACUGGAAGAAAAGUGUCGAUCCAGUCAUGACGUGCUACAAGCUGGUGACAUGCGAAUUCAAGUGGUUCGGUUUGCAGACAAGAAUAGAAAAUUUCAUACAAAAGUCAGAGCGACGAUUAUUUACAAACUUCCAUCGCCAAGUUUUCUGUUGGAUGGAUCGCUGGCACGGUCUGACAAUGGAAGAUAUACGCGCUAUCGAGGAGAAAGUCAAAGAAGAGCUCGAUAAGCAGCGUCAAGUGGGCGAGGUGCGAGGCAUGCGUGCUGAUACUGAUUAAAUGCUAAACAAAAAAACCAAGGAAAAUUAGACAAGAAUAUGAUAAAAGUAACAACAAAACAACACAAAAAUAAAAUUACAGCAGCAACUACAAAAUUAGAACCAAAAAAA